GCGGAGCGGAGUGUGGUAGGAGGCCAUGCAGCGGCUGGUCCACAUUUAGUGUAAUUCUGUGUCUCGGAAGCAGGAGUUGCAUUAUGGGCGCAGACAGCCCACACUUAUUCUUAAGUGGAAGCGACGACUACUUUGUUUAAUUUUCUUUAAUUAAGUUUUUUACGUAACAGAAAGGAAGCUUGAAAUAUCAUCGGAAGGCAUUGUGUACGCGUUGCGUGACUGCUGUUAUUUUCGGCGUUAGUGUCUGGUUCGCUCAGCAGUACAUCUCCGGACUCGCUAGCAAGGCAGCAUUGUGUGCUCACAUCAACGCUAAGCUAGCGGUGCUGCUAGCUUGGCCGGUUUGCUUGGUCGGAGCUGGUGUGUAGGUGAUGUUGUCCGUGCUGUCGUACGGUAGACUGGUUGCCAGAGCUGUCAUCGGCGGACUUUCUCAGACAGACAGCCGCGACUACAGCCUGGUGACGGCGAGCUGCGGCUUUGGGAAGGACUUCCGCAAAGGUAUCCUGAAGAAAGGGAUGUGUUAUGGAGACGAUGCGUGUUUUAUCGCCCGACACAGAUCCGCUGAUGUUUUGGGUGUUGCAGAUGGAGUAGGUGGCUGGAGGGACUAUGGCGUAGAUCCAUCCCAGUUUUCAGGGACUUUAAUGAAGACAUGCGAAAGACUGGUGAAGGAAGGACGCUUUGUCCCAAGCAACCCUGUGGGAGUCCUUACGACCAGCUACUAUGAGCUACUACAGAACAAAGUGCCACUGCUGGGAAGCAGCACGGCCUGCAUCGUGGUUUUGGACCGGCAGAGUCACCGACUGCACACGGCCAACCUUGGAGACUCGGGUUUUCUCGUGGUUCGGGGUGGUGAAGUGGUCCACCGCUCAGACGAGCAGCAGCACUACUUCAACACGCCGUUCCAGCUGUCCAUUGCUCCCCCAGGGGUUGAAGGGGCGGUGCUUAGUGACAGCCCUGAUGCCGCAGACAGCUCCACCUUUGACGUACAGUUGGGGGACAUCAUACUCACGGCCACUGAUGGGCUGUUUGACAACAUGCCUGACUAUAUGAUCCUGCAAGAGCUCAAGAAACUCAAGAAUGCAAACUAUGAGAGCGUUCAGCAGACUGCCCGCAGCAUCGCAGAGCAAGCCCACGUACUCGCAUAUGACCCCAAUUACAUGUCACCUUUUGCACAAUUUGCCUGUGAUAAUGGACUGAAUGUAAGAGGAGGAAAGCCAGAUGACAUCACCGUACUGCUGUCCAUAGUGGCAGAAUACACUGAUUAGACUCUGCGGAGCUGUGAUGGAAAGUGAUCUGCUUUAAUUCCUGCUGGCCAGGAUUUAGGACUGAUGUCUGAUGCUUCCUCAAGAUCUGCAAGAUCUACUCUGCCUCAGCCCUCAGCUGACCAUCACCCUCUUCCUCCCUUGUCAAAAAAGUGCCCACUCCUCUGUGAUCGUGCAUGCCAGAGUGGUCAUUUAAAGCGAACACGCGCCCUGACACAUCUUUUAUUCAGGUUGCAUCAUUGGCAUCUUUGCAGUGUUCCACGACUCAGUGGCUAAUCCCAUUGCUUAGGAUAAGGGGUCAUUAGGCUCAUUGGAGAUGAGCAUCCUGUCAGAUGGGGAUGAGUCGUCUUUUCUCUGAUAGGUGGCUUGGGCAUGGACGAAGCUGAGAUUCAGAGACAGGGAGAUGCAGCCAGACAGUAGAUGUUGACGUGUCAAAAUGGCUGCACGCUGGGCUGCCAGAAGGGAGUGAUCCAGCCCAUCAGUCGUGUUAAGAAGGGAAGAGUACAAGACAUGGCAGCAUUAGGGCUCAAUAAAUAGGCUGCAUUGUGCAAAGUGAUCUUAGUGACACAGUGGUGGCUGGAAAGCCUUCAUCAAAUAGUUUGUAUCCGUCUACAUGGACGCAGGGAGCAUACAUUUGGUAGGCUAUGACCGUUGUGCUGUUUAGGGUAAGUUUUUGUUAAAUGUUAGCAAAAAAUUUGUGACAUUUAUACACCUGUGGUGCAUUUCUUUGGGCAGGUAGUUAAGAUUUCAUAUUGAAGAGUGCAGCUGCCUUUUCCUACCAGUGCAAUUCAAGUUGUGCACAUAUUUUGUUACUUAUUGGGAGGAGUAUUGGUUCAAAAGCCUCUCAAGGUAUAUAUGUGUGUGUGUGUAUGUAUGUGUGUGUGUGUGUGUAUACAUAUAUAAAUAAAAAUCUGAUGUGUCAAAGCGAUGCCCUCCCUUUAAUCUUACAGCUGCUGCUGGUGAAGUCUUAAAUUGCGUGAUGUGUGAGAGGAUAUAUGUGUGAGAUGAAUGCAUUUACACUAGUCAGUGUGUCCAUAUGUUUAAUGUUACUGAAAUGGAUGUGAAGGCUCCAGACUUCUCCAUAUCCACUGGACUUAAUAGGUCUGGCGGCCUUAAACGCACAAAGCUUAAGAAGCAUAUCUGAAAAAGCUCAAUGUAAUGGAAGUUGGUCAGGUGACCAAAUGUAUUUUUGUAACUUGGUUUGGUGUGAUUGUUCAACUGCGCCAGAGUAGCUUAAACUGUUCACAAUCAACAUUUAGUUUUAUUUUCUCUCCCUCCUGCUAUAUAGUUACAGUGGCACAAACAAAACGAUGGUCAUGUUUCCAUUAAACCACUACAUAUUUUCACUUGGUGUUUUCUGCAACUUCUACCUACAGUUAAAGAUGUCAGUCCACAGCUUGUGUAUUCACAUUAUAAUGUGCCUUGUAUCAGGUGGUGUUGAUACUGGCAAACAUACGCAGUCCUUACCCCAACUCUACUGUGUGCCAGUUAUUAAGAGCCUGAAACUGUAAAGUAGCCAUAAGAGUCAAAUCAUGCCCUGCUCGGCUCCAGUAUGUUGAACCUUUUUUUUUCCUCUUUAAAUCUCCUUCUCUGUACUGGGUCAGGAGCUUAAGGAUAUUGAUAAAGCCAUCCCACACUUAGAAAAUCCUUCCCGUGGAUCUUUGCAUCACUGUUUACAAUCUGCACUAAUCUAACGGACUGUUUCCCUGCUUAAUCUGAGUUCACACCAAGGAUGAGUAAGGACAGGUGUCGUUUUGAGUUGGGACUGACUGGGAUGGAUCAGAUUCAGGCAGAGCAGUGAAAAGAGAACAUGUGAGUUGUUGUAGCACUGAGAUCAAUCUAGAUAUUUGGUACUACCACUGUUAGUUUUGUUGCUCCUGCUUCCUGACUCAACCUGUCCUGACACUCAUUUGUUUCUCAUCAACUCCAUCUUCCAAACAGACUAUUUGUCAACCAGAACAUGUUUAGAGUGUACAGUACAAUGCAGAUCUAAGCUCUGUGGGGGUUGGGGGGGUCAAAUCUGUACAAUAUUUAAAUAAAUAGUAUUUAUUA